CUUCAGGUCACUGGGAAGCAAUAUUUAGAAAUUUGGCUCAUGCUGAGUUUCGGUCUUUUCGUUUCCCACUGUUCAGAAAAUUCUAAGGAAAAAGAUGCAAAGGAUUGGUUUGAAAUACCUGCUUGUGGAAUAUUUGUAUCGAAAAUCGUCUGUGACAAUGGGAAUGUUUUUCUCUCAGAUAUUAAUCUAUAUCCUUGGUCUGAACAGCAUUUACUUCUGUGCCCUUCAAAUAUCUCAUUUAAAGUUAAUAGAGUUUUGAAUGUAAAUCAAACUCAUUGUAAUAGCCUUUCUACAAAUAUGUGUAUACCCACAACUUUAAAAGAAGUACAACAGAAGUUUUUGGAUUUAUUAUCUGCUGUUAUACACGAUUCAGUUAACUUUGACUUGUUAUAUGAUACAAAUUACUCUUUCAAUGUAUCUGAUGUAUUGGGUGAUAAUCGGUCAGGUUCUUUAUUCGGUUUACUGUUUAGUGGCGGUCUAGACUCAUCUGUUAUCGCAGCAUUACUUGACAGAUUUGUUCCUGAUGACCAGUCCAUCGAUCUGAUUAAUGUCGCUUUCCAAAGGAGAUGUACUGGUGUUUCUGUUAACAAUAGUGAUUGCUUGGACAAAGACUGUCUAAUUUCCGCCGAAGAGGCCCCUGACAGACAAACUGCCCUGAAAAGUUAUGAAGAGUUGUGCAAAUUAUCUGCCCGACGUAAAUGGAAUUUGAUAAAAAUUAAUGUAAAUGUCAGUGAAAUUUCAGAGGCCAGAGUUAAACAUGUAUGGCCAUUACUGCUUCCAGGACAUACAACUGUUUUAGAUGAUAGUCUAGGUUUAGCUCUUUGGUUUGCAGCCCGUGGAAAAGGUGUUUUACACAGUUCAGGUGAAUUCGAAGAGAAAUGCACUUCGUCAGCAAAGUUUCUGUUCCUCGGUUCUGGUAUAGAUGAACAAUUAGCUGGUUAUGCUCGUCAUCUAACAACAUAUAAGAAAUUCGGCCCAGAGGCACUACAAAACGAACUUUUAAAGGAAAUACUUUUUAUAUCUAAUCGUAACCUAGGAAGAGAUGACCGAAUAAUUUCCGCUCAUGGACGAAUGCCGCGUUUACCUUAUCUUGACGAAAGAAUUGUGAAUUUUUUAGCUAAAAUUCCUUUGGAAUUUAAAAUAAAUCCAGAUCUGCCUAAAGGUCAAGGAGAGAAAUUUUUGUUACGUCAAGUUGCUUCAAUGUUGAAUUUGAAUUAUGCGUCUAAACAACCGAAACGUGCAAUGCAAUUCGGCAGUCGUGUGGCUAAAGCUGAAGGAUCUAAACGUUUGAUUGGAUCAGCUGACCAAAUAAAGUUCGCAUAUCAGUCUGAAUCACAAAAUUUUUAGGCUAAAUCGUCAUGCUUAGUUUGGUGGAUUGUGAGAUUCUUCAGUAUUAAUGGAGUUCUCUUCUUCAGCACAUCUUCAUAAGAAUAUUGAUAUUGAAAUUUUUACUUUAAAAAACUCAUAUUCUGAGGACGGAUCAUCUGCAAUCCAAACUGCUGUUUCUUUACUAUCAUGUGAAGAGAAGAUGAAUAUAAUCAGGUGAUUUACUAACGACUGAGACAUUUAAGUGUUCUUGUGAACUAAACAAAAAAUGAAUGUUAUUUUGUUUAAUCUAAAUGAUUAAAAAUAGUCAUCACCGAUUCCAAGUAAAUCAUUUUGUCCCUUUUUUUAAAUUUUUAUCUCAUUUAUUUUAUUGCAACAGGACUUUAUUUGCUUGCUUGAAAUUACUACAUGACCCGAUCUACUUUUUAUGUUUCCAAAUUGAUAGAUUGUGUUGUUUGUUCUAUAUUGUUUUUAUCGUACACAUAAAUAUAAGGAAGUAUACAUUUGUAUACGAACUCAUUAAUAAACAGGCAGAAACACAAACAUACAUAAAAACUAUUUCAUUUCGCUCUAUUCUGUUAAUUUCUGCUUAUUUAUUACAAUAUACAGAGAAAAUUGAAGAAAUUUGAGAUUUUGUUCUACAUAGGUGAAUUUAAUUAAUAAACUCAUCUUUUAUUCCACUACUUUUAUUUAAGCAAUUUUAUUUCAUUUCUCAUUUUGUUUGUUUUUUUUUCUCCAGUUUACGUUAUUUGUUUUUUGC